CCCCAGGCAGCUGUAUCCUUGCGCCAUGCGAGUCCUCCGGCCGAGUCUGUCGGCUGGGCGCCUUCUCCUCCUCUGGCUGCGGCUCCCCGUGCGGCCGCCGCGGCCGCCCGGACCCCGGCUGUCGAGCGGGCGGGCGGCGGCGGCCGGCGCCCUGGAGCGGGCCAUGGACGAGCUGCUGCACCGUGCGGUGCCCGCGAUGCCGGCCUACGGGCUGCGCGAGAAGACGCCGGCGCCGGCGGAGAACCAGUGCGCGGACUUCGUGAGCUUCUACGGCGGCCUGGCUGAGGCGGCCGAGCGCGCCGAGCUGCUGGGCCGCCUGGCGCGGGGCUUCGGCGUGGACCACGGCCAGGUGGCCGAGCAGAGCGCCGCCGUGCUCCAGCUGCUCCAGCAGCCGCGGGAGGCGGCCGUGCUCCUGCAGGCAGAGGACCGGCUGCGCUACGCGCUGGUGCCGCGCUACCGCAGCCUCUUCCACUACAUCAGCAAGCUGGACGGCGGCGUGCGCUUCCUGGUGCAGCUGCGGGCCGACCUGCUCGAGGCGCAGGCCCUCAAGCUGAUGGAGGGGCCGCACGUCCGGGCUUUGGUGUCGAGUUCCCGGUGCUGGCAGCCAUGCGGGGAAGGGCUGGACGUCUUUCCCUCGGAAGGCCAGCGCUCCCCCCUCUCCAUUUCAGGAAAUGAACGGGGUGCUGAAAAGCAUGUUCUUGGAAUGGUUUUCUUCCGGGUUCCUGAACCUGGAGCAGGUCACCUGGCGUUCACCGUGCGAAGUGCUGCAGAAAAUCAGUCCGAGGCUGUGCAUCCCGUUAAAAACUGGGUGGACAUGAAACGGCGCGUGGGGCCCUACAGAAGGUGUUACUUCCUCUCCCACUGCUCGGCCCCGGGGGAGCCCCUGAUCAUUUUGCACGUGGCCCUGACCAGUGAGAUCUCCAGCAGCAUCCAGACCAUCAUAGUGAAGGAGAGUCCCACGUCGGAGACAGAGGAGCGGGACACGAUCACCACAGCCAUCUUAUACUCGCUGAGCCUGACCCAGCAGGGGCUGCAGGGCGUGGAGCUGGGCACCUUCCUCAUCAAACGGGUGGUGAAGGAGCUGCAGAAGGAGUUUCCUCACCUGGGGACGUUUUCAAGUCUGUCCCCUAUCCCCGGGUUCACCAAGUGGCUUCUGGGGCUGCUGAAGUCAAAAGCAAAGGAUCACGGGAGGAACGAACUAUUGACAGAUUCCGAGUGUAAAGAAAUCGCCGAGAUCACGGGCGGUCCCGUGAAUGAGACCCUCAAGACCUUUCUCAGCAGCAGCGAGUGGGUCCAGUCUGAGCAGCUGGUCCGGGCGCUCCAGGCCCCCCUGAUGCGGCUCUGCGCCUGGUACCUGUACGGGGAGAAGCACCGGGGCUAUGCCCUGAACCCCGUGGCCAACUUCCACUUGCAGAACGGGGCCGUGAUGUGGCGUAUCAACUGGAUGGCCGACGUCAGCCUCAAGGGCAUCACGGGCUCGUGUGGCCUCAUGGUCAAUUACCGCUACUUCCUGGAGGACACGGCCACCAACAGGACCACCUACCUCAGCUCCAAGAGCAUCAAAGCUUCUGAGCAGGUCCUCAGCCUGGUGGCCCAGUUUCAGAAGAACAGCAAACUCUAAGUCACCUUUGCUGAAGCCAAUGUCCCCGCCUGGAAAAGGAUAGUUUUCCGGAGGGGUCGGGGAUGGGGUUAUGUACCCAAAGGAGCUUCUAGAGUGAACCAGAGUUGAACUGUGCUCUCUGGCCUGUGGCGGGGUCACACCGGAAGGCCGGGCCCGGGCUUUGCACAAGGGAACAUGCGUUACCACUGCAGGGUAGUGGUGGGUACAGGUAGACGUGGGCUGGAUGGGGAUGCUGUGCUCUCUCCAGAAGAUUCCAUCGUGGCCUUCGGCCUGGCUCCCUGCCCUGGGAUGGUCUUCAGAAACCGUGGAGCCUCUGCCGGCUCUCGUCCCAAGGUGGAUGGAUGGGUCAGCCGCUCUGGGACCCGGGCAGGUGGCCCAGGUGAGAACAGAUGUUCCUUCCAGCGUAGAACAUGGUUCAGCCAUGAUUGUUUUAGCCGUUUCUCUCUGCUGAUUGCAAAGGGGUAGAGGUCUGUGCUACAUUUCACUAGUUAAAUUCUGGAGGUCGUGAACGUAUGAAAAGGUUUGUGACUUUGCACAAACUUCACUAAGCUAAAUUAUUGGACACGAGAGCUCUUGUCGCCUGGGGCUUAAAUUGCAUUAUAGACUUGACAGUUACAGCGAUUCAAGUUCGUGAUGAACUUCGCAGCAAAGAACAAGUUUGUCCUGUGAAGCAUUAAACACGUGGUUAUUCACGAU